CCCUCGUAAUAUACGCGCGUAACUCAGUGCCAUUUCGUCCAUCAAAUCCGCCGUGGAAAACUACGUUUUUGGUAUAUUAUAUAGGUGCAACCACCACGCGAUAUACGCACAGCACGCCCAUUCCGACGGCUCUUACACCCCGCGCUUCCGUCACGAGUAAUACCUAAACAGCAGCAUGUCAGAAAGACGGACACUUUUGAGCCGUCCCCGGACCCGGGUGUACGACUGCAACUACAACAUCGGCGAAGGUUACUAUAAGCCAAUGAUGGACCACCUGGACCGCAAGUAUUACGGUUCUUCGGCCGCACCAGCCGCAGCCAAGCCCGCGAGUGGAUUCUUCGACUCCAGCCCAAAAAGCCUGUUCGGCACGUCCGGCUCAUCGGCCUUUGACGAGUAUAGAUCUUCGUCACCGGCACGAUCCCGCCGUAGCGGAUCCGACUCCAGAUUAUCGUUGCCCGAUGACGAAUUCGAACAAGAGGUAAAUGCUUCCAAUAACAUUAUAUAUGCAUAGAUCGCUAUAAUUUAA